GGGACGUCAUUGUUCCCCGACGGGCUGUAACAGUAGGCGGAGCGGGCCGGGCUGAGGCGGGGGCUGCGGCGAGGGGGGGACCCGGCAGCGCCGAGUCAAGCGGGGCCGAGCCAGAUAUGAACAAUGACCAUAGUUAACAAGCCAAAAUCUUCAAAAUCUAAAAAGUCAUCUUCAAGGCGGUCUGACAAAUCUAAGAAACACUAUACUAAAAAAAUGACGUCACGCACUGCAAAUUUGGGCCGGGUACCACCUGCAGAAGAUCCAAACAAAGUCUCUGUGGACAAAGGACCUGGAGAUGGUAUUUAUUGUAGAUCAUCUCAAAAAUCAAAGCCUUUUGCCCAAAGAGAUCUAGUUGUUAAUGACGGAAUUGCCCCACCACAAAGGAUUCUUUUUCCACCUGAGAAAAUUUGUAUGGACUGGCAACAAACACAGAGUGUUGGAGUUGGACUGCAGAAUCUCGGCAACACAUGCUUCCUUAAUUCUACUCUACAAUGUUUGACCUACACGCCUCCUCUCGCCAAUUACAUGCUUUCUCUUGAACACACCCAGUCAUGUCAUGAAGAAGGUUUCUGUAUGAUGUGCACUAUGGAAACUCACAUUAACCAGGUGCUGUGUUGCUCUAAUAAUGCCAUCAAACCUACAUCUGUUAUCAAUGGCCUUAAAAGAAUAGGAAAACAUUUCCAUUUUGGCAGUCAAGAGGAUGCACAUGAAUUCUUAUGCUUCACUGUUGAUGCUUUGCAGAAAGCUUGCUUGAAUGGAAGCACCAAAUUGGACAGAUCUUCUCAAGCCACCACACUUAUUUAUCAAAUAUUUGGAGGAUAUCUAAGAUCCCGAGUAAAGUGCUUGAACUGCAAAGCAGUUUCGGAUACGUACGAGCCAUUCCUCGAUAUUACUUUGGAUAUAAAGGCAGUUACAUCUGUCACCAGAGCUCUAGAACAAUUCGUGAAACCAGAACAAUUGGAUGGUGAAAAUAGCUAUAAGUGUAGCAAGUGUAAAAAGAUGGUUCCUGCAUCAAAGAGGUAUACAAUACAUCGUUCUUCCAAUGUUCUCACAAUAUCACUGAAGAGAUUUGCAAAUUUUACAGGCGGAAAGAUCAACAAGGAUGUAAAAUAUCCUGAAUAUUUGGAUCUUCGAGCGUAUAUGUCCCAAUCAAUUGGAGAACCACUCAUCUAUGCUUUAUAUGCAGUUCUUGUACAUAGUGGUUUCAACUGUAACGCAGGACACUAUCUCUGCUUCAUAAAGGCCGGUAAUGGACUUUGGUAUCGAAUGAAUGAUGCCUCAGUAGACCUUUCUGAUAUCAAAACAGUUCUCAAUCAGCAGGCUUAUGUACUUUUUUAUAUCAGGCGCUAUGAUUUGACACUUGGAGAACGUGCUUUUUACUUGCCAGCACCGUCUUAUCCCCGUUCAUUCCUUGGUCAGCGGGGGGCUAAUAAUAAGCAGGCUGGAUUUAUGGGACCACGACUUCCUCCUCAUAUGAUUAAGAAUUCAAGUCGUUUAAAUGGAAAUGGACCCCUAAAAGAGGAUUCAAAUACUGUUGGUGUCACCCUAAAAAGGCCAUCUUCAGCUCCGCCAACAGCUUGUGUUCAAAACUGGGCAAUUACCAGGCCUUCAAAUACGGAUUCAUCAAAAAACCAGAAGAUCACUAUCAGUAUUCAUAACAAAUUGCCUGCACGUCAGACUGUGUCACAACCUGACUGUCUUAGCAGUGCUGCGGAGGAUGAGGAUCUAAGCAAGCCUGUUCCUUCAUCCACAAUUACAAAUUCUUCUGCAGCAGAGUCUACCUCAAAUGCAUCUACAAUGUCAGUUGCUACUAACAUUUCCAAACAGGAGGUUCCUGAUGAAAUUUUUGUUGAGCCAGCAGUGAAUGGAAAUCCUAAACUCAGCUCUGAUAACGUGGUCCCUUAUGGUGCAGAAUCUUCAGGAAAAUCUGAGGAGUCGAAGGGCUUGUUUAAAAGGAAUUGCAACAUAGUAUCUUCUAAUGGAAUUUUGAUUGGAAAGGUGGUCUGUACAUUGCAGAAUUCCCAUUCUUCCUGUCAGAAUGCUGAAGAAGAAAGACCCCAGCACGAGCUGCCAAAAAAUGAUUCACUAAAUGGUGCUAUUAGUUUAGAUAAUGAAUCUAAAGAAAAUGGACUGAAACUUGAUGAUGCCACUUGCCAAGUCCAACCUGUUAAACCUUCUGAGAUUUUCUUUUCUAAAACAAAUGGAUUGCUUGAAACAAUGCCUAUAGCUUUGUCGCCGGUUCCUCAAGACAUAAUCUUAGAAUCUCUCGCAUACAGCCAGUUGAACAGCUUGGCAGAGGAAAUAAGUGUCCCUGGACCUCAGAUUUCUUCUGAGAAUGAUGCUUUUAUGGAAACCGUAGUGAUGGAAGCACUGUUUGCCUAUGAAGAAUCCAGGAAGGUUCCUUCCAACUUUAGCUGUGAGGUUGAGAAUCUUUUUACUCAGUCAGAUUCUGAAACCAUUUCUACCAAAGAAGAAGUUGCUGAAAGUAUUAUAGCAAAAGCUGAUAAUGUGCAUCCCAAUAUUAAUGGUCAGCACAAGGUCAGGAAAAAAUCGUUCGACGCUGAAGAUGAAUUCCUUGGGCAGUGUGAGUCUGAAGACAGUAGAGACAAAGACAAACUAAGAAGAUCAAAAGAACCUGAACUGAUUUCAAAAGAAAAUUCUUUGUACAUCAAAGGGUCUCCUGAGAGCGAAGAGAAAUUAGGGCAAACUUCCUCUAUAAAGUCUGACAUUGAAUAUAGCUCUAAAAAACUUGCAUCUCUAGAUAUUACAGAUAAAUGCCAAGAUACAAAGGACAUUUCUAAUAACUAUGUAGAGGUACCACCUGUUAAUGACUCUUCUAUUACAAAGCUGGAUAAAGUUUUGGAGAGCCAAUUUUCUAGAGAAAAUGAGGGACUGGGUAACAAAAAAUGUGAAGAAGAUAAACAUAGGAAAAAAUAUAAGAAAAAAAUAUAUGACUCUCAAAAAACUGACAAAGAGCACUACCGAAAGAAAAGAGAAAACUCAGACACUGAAGAGAAGGAGAAGCAAACCAGAAGCAAAACAGAUGACCAUUCCCACAAGAGGGGGAGCUCUCGCAGUGUGGAAACAAAUAAGCAAAAUCAUCAUAAGCAGGACUAUUGCAAUGAAAGCAAGUACAGAUCUUCCCAUAAUGAAAGAAGCAGUCCAAAUAAUGGCAAAAGCUCAGGAAAAUAUUCUCGUUAUAGAUCCCGAAGCAGCGAAAGAACAGAACAAGACAGGAAUAGGUAUUAUCAUUCCAAAGGAGAGAGAACUUGGAACAGAGAAAGAUACUAUCAAGAUGAACCACGGAGAUGGGAAAAAUGCAGAUACUACAAUGAUUAUUAUUCCUCUCAUGGAACAAGAGAUGGUAGAGAGGGAAAGUCCUCUCAUUGUGAUAAAGACUUUGACAAAUCAAGUCAAACUUACAACAGGUCACAUAAGGAUUAUAAUUUCGAAAGCAGAUGGCCUCACUCUAGAGGGGAAGAUGUACAUCACUUUAGCAGCCACAGAGCAAAUUUACAUCAUUGUUCAGUACCUCAGCAGCAAUCCGAAAAAUAUUCUCGGGAAAGGCAUGCAUUUCCACGUAUGUCAGUUCAUGGAAAUUCUGAGGACUCUUCCCGGGAAAAUGAAAAAGAAAAACUAAGAAAUGGCAAAAGAAAACAUAGCCACACAGAAGGAAGCGGAAGCGAAAUAGAAAAGAAAUGUCGAAAAACAGGUGACCAAAGAAUGAAAAAAUAUAAGAAGGUCAAGAAGAAAAAGAAGUCCAAAGAUAAACAUCGAGAGAAGGAUCACAAACUUUAUGAUUUGGAUUUCUCUGCACUCCGCUUUGAUAAUGACAAUCGCAAACGUAAGAAAAAGAAGAAAAAGAAGAAACACAUUAAGAAACAAAAGCUUCUUGAAAUAUUUAGAGCCUCAUUUGCAGAAGAAAACUCGGGAAGAGAAGGAAGAAUCCUCUCCUCCAGAUGCGGAACUUACUGACGGAAACCUUCAAUACCCAAACUAAACCUACAAC